AUGGGCUGGUUACCCGAGGGAAACGCCACCUCCCCGCGCGACCCCUUCCAUCAGCUCUCCCCUUCCGCCAAACCCUCCGCGCACUCCGCUUCCGCGCACGUCAUCUCCGCCUUCCGCUGCACGCUCCCCGCCAUCGUGCUCGGCGCGCUUCUCUUCGGAAAUCUCCUCCUUUUCUCCGCCAACCCCCGCCUCUGGCCCGCCUGCCCGCCCGACCGCGACGCCGUCGACGCGCUCGUGCUCGCGGGGCUACAGCCGGGCGGCGCUAGCAGCGGCGGGGGAUUGCAGGCCGUAGGGACGCUACAGCCGUCCGUGUCGGUUGUAGUCGAACGGCCGGCAGGUGGCGCGGGCGCUGCCGGCGGCGAGAGCGCCGCGGCGGGGGAAGUGGCGGAAUGGUGGCGGGAAAAAGACAGCGCCGCGCGCGUCGUGCGCCUCCUACUCGCCAUCUACCACCCGUUGAACCACUACGCCGUCCAUAUCGACGACCCGGAGGAAACUCUCGCGCUAAAGACAAAAAUUGCAGCCCACCCCGCGCUGUCGAGCCGCGCGAAUGUUGUCGUUAUUCCGGACCCCGAAGUAGUCACGUACCAGGGGUCGACGCUGCUGUCCGCGACGCUGCGCCUCGCGCAUGUGCAUAUAGCGAGCGGCGCGCAGUGGGACUGGUUCAUCAACCUGAGCGCUGCGGACUACCCGUUAAUGUCACAAGACGACAUGCUCUAUCUCUUUUCGCACGUGGAUCGCAGCCUCUCGUUCAUGGACCACAGCGUCGAGCACCGAUUCGACUACCGCCAGCGUGCAGUGAAUCUGGACAGGGCGCUCUUCCAGGCGCACAGAGGGCACAAGCUCAUGCGGGACGUGCGGCCCGCUGCCACUCGCUUCCAUGUUUUCAUGGGCUGCAACUGGAUCAAGGCGUCGCGUCCCUUUCUGCGCUACGUCCUAUGGGAGCCCGCCAGCUGGCCGCGCCGCAUCCUCAUGUACAUGGCUGACGUCAUCGACUCAGACGAGCACUACUUCAGCACCGUCGCCUGCCAGACAGCGCGCUUCAACCGCUCGCUCCUGAAUGCCAGCCUUCACUUCGCCACAUUCGCCAAGGGCAGCCCGCACUACUUUAGCACCGUCGCCUCCCACUCGCCCCGCUUCAACCGCACGCUCCUGAAUGCCAGCCUUCACUACGCUACCUUCGCCAAGGGCAGCCCGGCGUCAGGGGUGUUAUGGUAG